GAGCAAUCAGGUCUCGUGAUGAAGAAAGCACGCGCUUUCUUUAUUCGAGUGGAUAAUAAGGCUAUCGACACAGUGAACUGUGGUCCGAUCUCCCGAAUGGCCGCAGGAAACACGUGGAUACGGACUGUGGGUGUUGAAGCGAGGGCGUUCCUGUUCUCUCUGCUACCACUAUGGUCGUUGCCUCUUCGUCUAUCACUGAAACCGUCGAUUUCAUCAACGCAAAUGUACCUCAGAAUCUUCAAAACCCUAGGGUCGGUAUCAUCUGUGGAUCCGGAUUAAGUGGCCUAGCAUCCUCUUUGAAGGAUAUCGUGCUCGUUCCAUAUUCUGCUAUCCCGGGAUUUGCUCAGAGCACAGUCCCGGGACACAAGAGCUCUCUGGCGUUUGGAUUCAUCGGAAGGACAAGCGUUCCUGUGGUCGCCAUGCUUGGACGGUUCCAUCCCUAUGAGGGCCACCCACUCACCUCGGUUACUUACCCAAUCCGUGUCAUGGCGCGAUUAGGCGUACGGGACGUGAUUCUUACCAACGCCGCUGGUGCCCUCAACCCAAAACUCAAGGUCGGAACUGUGGUCGUCGUUCAAGACCAUUUAGCACUACCUAAUUUGACGGGUUUGAACCCUCUCCUUGGACCUCAAGUCAACCUCGAUCGUCCUCGCUUUCUACCCUUAUCCGAUGCGUAUUCUGUGAGACUCCGUCGUAUGGCAUUCCUAGCUUCUCGUCAGCUAUCAUUCGACCAGUCUGCUCUUGAAGAGGGCGUGUACGCGUGGGUUGGUGGUCCCACUUAUGAGACACCGGCAGAAGGUCGAUUUCUACGCAUUGCUGGCGCUGAUGUUGUUGGGAUGAGUACCGUGCCUGAGGUAGUGGUAGCAAGAGAAGAGGGCAUGGAAGUCAUGGUGCUCAGUUUAGUGACUAAUGCGGUAGUGAUACCAGAGAGCUACAGAAGCAUUAAAGAUGAGGUCAACGCGGAGCUCGCCGGCAAGAAGAUAGAUGUCGCGCCGGAACAGACCGUUUCUCAUGAGGAGGUCCUCAGCUUAGGUGUGGAGAAAGGCGAUUUGAUCAGGGCCCUCGUCGAGAGAGUGGUGGAACUUAUAGAACCAAGUCAAGCUACUUGAUUGCGUCGUUCAAAAGAAUGUAUGUCGGAAAUUUUCAAUAAGACAGGUGAAGCACACCACAAGUCGUAGAGGUGCAGAUGACCCCCUAUAUCUUU